UCUGUCCGCCACCUAGCCAGCCGAGGUUUUGUGCGGUCGGAUGUGCGGAUGACAGUGUAUUUCCCAGCUUUUCCCAACAGCCAUUAAUUCUGCCCCUCACGACUGAUGGCUGUCCUCCACGACAUGUCACCCUGGAGCUAAUACUGCUAAGCGGUCCUGUUCCGAGGCGAGCCCCGGACGAGCCGCUGGGGCUACAUGCUAUGUGGUGUCACUGUGCUGGAUCAUGGUCUUUGCAGAGCUAGCUUUCGCGUUUCUGGAGGUUUUUAAAAAAGGCCUGCUGGUCCGAUUUUGUGUUGUCAUGGCUGUUGGGAAACGCAGCGCUGGCCUCGGCUGGAGGGAGUUAGACCUGAUGUUAGACCUGAUGUUAGACACGAUGUUAGACAUGAUGUUAGACACGAUGCAUGUGCUGGUUCUGCUGCGGUCACAAGUUCGGUUUGGUCUGCACACUGGUGGUCUGAUAAUGGGUUAUCUGUUUUAAAAAAGGCCAGGCCACAUGGGGACACGGCUCAACUAAGUAAACACAUAUUCUGCAGCCGAACUGCUAUACGACGAUUAUAAUACAUAAAUAAAUGUUGACAGAAAAUUGACCUAGAAAAAAAUCAAUUACACAGAUGUGUCAUCCGUGCAGGAACAUAUGUAGGGCAUGCGAGAGCGAUCAUGAUUGGGUUGUGAAAGUGGUGCAAUAGUUGUAUCUAAUUGUAAAAGGACUACAUUCUGAUUUGUACUAAUACAUAGACUCGGAUCCAAUAAGAAACAUCAGCUUUAAUGUUCACCAUAUCAUUCUAAUUCAUAUGCCAUCUGCUUCUUUCUCAAGGUCUGAGUCUAGAAUAUUCCACUGUUACUGAUGUAUGUCUGCUCUUAAGGGAUGCACACUUAAACAUUAUUAGAUCAUCUGAUAAUCCCAACUACACCUGACAUAAUUCCUUAUCUCUUUAAAAGAGUGGCCAGCAAGCAGAAUGUUGGAUUUAAUAUGCAAUCUCCAACGGAUAACGAAAACUGAGCUAAACUGUCCGUCAGACAAGAAGACCUGGAGUCUGUUGAAUUCAGAUGUCAAUUCGGUUAACAGCUUAAUGGAAAAUUGAAUUCAGUUGAACCCAAAAAGUGAAAGGUAACUGAUAUGCCCCCUAAGUAGGUACAGAUCAUAUUACUUACUUUCAGAUUCUUGUUGGAAUGUGUAGAGGCUAAUUAUAUAUUUGCUCAAACCAACACAUUUGUUCAAACCAAGGUACAAUCAUUAAGUAUGAUUGUAAUGAUAACGUUCCACUAAGCCUAUACUCAAAAGACCUUACAUGUUAAGGUUCAGUUAGGACAGGCUGCUGAAAGACUGUCAGUGUGGAAUGGUCUCCCAGAUUUGCAGUGUCUGCCUCUGAUUCCUAUUGGCCGGCUCCAGACGUGGGAGGGCCUUAAGGGAGGCGGGCAGACAGGCAGGAAGGGGUCGGCUGGAAAUGUUUCUGCCUAUGGUUUCUGCUAGACAGUUGAGCAGACACUACUUUUCCUUUACGGUCCGUGGAACUAAGCCGUUGUGGGGGCAGUGGGAAUAAGAUCAACAGAAAGUGCCUUUGACAAGACCUCCCCUACUUGAAGCCGUACCGUGUUGAACACCUGUACCCCCUUUAAGGCCUCCUGCUCCGCUGUACCUCACCUGCAAACCGUCUGAUUCACUGGCCAAUAGAUUCACAGAUUUGCGCAUUAGGUUUUUCGAGGAGAGGGAGGAAACUCUUACAACGGACGGGUUUCUGCAGAUGUUGCCAUGAGGUCUUCUUGCCUGUCCUUUGACCAGGCGAUGUAGAGGACUUCACAUUUGAAUGUAUUGUAGAACCAGCUACCUUGGUUCUUCCUUGUAUGGCUGUUAACUUUUCCACAUUUUGUGUUUUUUUUUUUGCCUUGAUACUCGAUCGGCUUAUGGACGACAACUCAUUUUGUUUCAAUUUAUUUUCUUUUUAACAAUGAGGGACAUCUCCGCAUAGGUAGAUUGUUUUAUUUCUCAGCACGUGUGACGUCAGGUUUUAACGCCUCCAAAAAGAUAACCCCCGAUAUCUGGCCAUGGCUUUGAAUAUGUCCUCGAUAAGGGACACAAAAUGGCUAACUCUGGAAGUGUGCCGGCAGUUCCAGAGAGGAACUUGUUCACGUAGUGACGAGGAAUGCAAAUUUGCACAUCCACCAAAGAGCUGCCAAGUGGAAAAUGGGAGAGUUAUUGCCUGCUUUGACUCUCUGAAGGGUCGCUGCUUAAGAGAAAACUGCAAGUAUCUCCAUCCGCCAUCGCACUUAAAAACACAGCUGGAGAUCAACGGACGCAACAACCUGAUCCAGCAGAAGACUGCGGCCGCCAUGUUGGCCCAGCAGAUGCAGUUCAUGAUCCCAGGAACCAGCAUGCAGGCCAUGCCCACGUUCUCCAUGGCCCAGGGGCUGGGCCCGAGCCCCGGCCUGAGCUACAGCCCCUACCUGACGCCCAUGAGCCACGGCAUGGGCCUGAUGUCCACCGAGAUGCUCCCCAGCAACCAGAUGCUGGUGUCGGGCAGCCCCACGGUCGCGGUCCAGAGCCAGAACGCCUCGAACUCCCCCUCACAGAAGCAGCGCUCGGACAAGUUAGAGGUGUGCCGAGAGUUCCAGCGGGGGAACUGUGCGCGGGGCGAGACGGACUGCCGCUUCGCCCACCCGGGCGACAGCCCCAUGAUCGACACCAGCGACAACACGGUCACCGUGUGCAUGGACUACAUCAAGAGCCGAUGCUCCCGGGAGAAGUGCAAGUAUUUCCACCCUCCUGCACACUUACAGGCCAAAAUCAAGUCCGGCCAGCAGCAGGUCAACCAGGCAGCCGUGGUGGCGCAGGCGGCGGCCGUGGCGGCCAUGACUCAGUCGACUGCCAAAGCAAUGAAGCGACCCCUCGAGGCUACGUUAGACCUGGCCUUCCCCCACAGCAUGCUGCACACCCUACCAAAGAGACAAGCUCUGGAGAAGAGCAACGGGGCCAGCCACCUGCUCAACCCCAGCUUCUUGCACUACCAGCAGGCCCUGGCCAACGCGCACCUCCAACAACCCACCUACUUCCCCACAGGGUCUGUGUUUUGCAUGGCUCCUGCUACCAGUGUUGUCCCCAUGAUGUACAGUGCUGCUCCCGCUACUGUCUCUGCAGCCAACGCCCCCACCUCCAGCCCCUACGCAGCGGCAGCAGCGGCCAAUCAGAUCAUCCUCAAGUAACGCGUUGGGGGCCGAGCGAGUGCCAAGCAGCCCUGGAGCCCCUCUGUAAAUACCACGAGCACCCCCCCCCCACACCGCAGACCGCACGCUGAC